CGGCUCCCAACUGCGCUGCUCGGCCACCCGUUCCGCCCCUGGGGUACCUCUGUCACUUGCGAGCCUCGGCGCGGGUCAGCUCCGGCUCCUCGGACGUGUCGCGGUUUUAGCAUCGCCCUGCGAGGACUGAAGGGUCUCUGCAGGGAAGCAGCAGGCACGGAACGCGCCCGUUCGGUUCUCACAAACGCUCCAAAGCGCUUCCCAGCUCCUCCUGUGGCAGCAUAGAGUCAAGUACUCGGAGCUGUAAGCAGGCAGGAAACUGAUUGUUCCUGAGAAAAAUCCUUAUUUUGUUAUAUGCAGUGAUUCUGAGAAAUGGACGAGGGUGGUUUUCAAGCUUAUGAAAAUGAAAUCCAGGCACUGGAAGAAGAAAUUAGGCUGCUGACAGAAAAGUAUGAAGAUAUGCGACAAGAAUCCACCUUCUUUUCUGAUGAGGAGAUACUGAAGUCAAUAAAAUCAUUCCAAAGAGAAACUCAGGGAGACACCAAGGGACAUGAAUCUCCAUCAGACCUGAAAGCUCAGCUUGAAAGUCUAGAAACAGAUCUCUCAUUUUUAAUGGAAUUUACUGGUUUUCAUUUCACAAGUCAUUCUAAGAAAACGGUGGAAAAAACUCAAAACAGGACGGUGCAGAAGCACAGAUUAUCAGGGAAGUGUCACUCCCUGUCUUUUCAACUGGAAUUCCAACUUCUUGAAAUGCAGAACGAUGAGAAAAUAUCUUCUGUUGUUAGUGAUCUCAGCAUUGUAAUGGAAUCCAGAGAAGAUUCAAAUGUGAGCAAGUUUGUGUCACGCACUGAAGAACAUGGAGAUCUUCUAACAUUUUUCAGAAGCCUUUCAACCUAUGCUGAGUGGUAUGAGCAUCGUAAACACACUUUCCUGCAUUUCAAGGCCAAGUAUCCUGACAUUGUGUCCCUUCCAGAAGGACUGCUGGGAGAUUUCAUAAUUCUAAGGAACCCCAAAGUUUCUGGGUUUGAAUUGGUGAUCGUCUGGAAGAUCCAACUUGAUGAAGAAGGGACCACUACACCUGUCCUGGACCUGCUGCCCAAAGUACCAGAGCAAGUCCUGGAGCAGAGGAUGAGGAGUGUGGAGAGCAUCCCUGGCAGCUUCCGCAGCGCGCUCCGGCUCUUCGGCAUCGAGGCAGCCAUCGAGAACCUGAUCAAAGUGCUGGGCUCAGGAAAAUGAAUGCCAGCAUUACUUACACCAGGUAGCAAUUUCAAAAGUAGUUUUAAUUAAGAUAUUGUGUUACACAGUCUGUAAUUUUAUUGAAUAUAAACAUUAAGUUAUUUUCCAUUUAGAAACCAUACUCAUAAAACAUGCUAUCUGUACAAUUAUGGCACGUUAUAUAUAAAUUGUCAUGACAUGAAAAUAAAUACAGCCAUUUAAAUACAAAAAUGCCAAAUAAAAUAGUUACAUGUA